UAUAAAGGCAGCGGCUCCUUGUGAGAUCUCAGUAGGUGUCACCUGAACUGCUGACAACAUGAAGAUCUUCCUCUGCACUCUGGUUCUCGGGCUGCUGUGCAUCACAACAGUAAACGCUCUGAGAUGCUACACUUGUGUGAAUGGAGAUUGCAAAACUGUGACAGAAUGUCCGGCAGAGAGUAACUUCUGCAAAACUGUCUCCACUCCGGAUGUGUUGACCAGAACAUGUGAGGAGAUCUGCAUACCUGGUUACAACACACACUGCUGCAUGACUGACCUGUGUGGAUGAUCAGCUUGGAGCCCUCCUGCAGCUGCAAUUACACACACACACACACACACACACACACACAUACACGAACAUCACAUACACCCAUUGAACACAGAUGAACACAUAAGAAACACAGGCUAAUGUAUAAUUAUGCUUUCACAAACUAGCACUAAGACCUACACAUACCGGUACACACACUUAGUCACACUCACACACAAAAAUCAAAAAUAUGCAUGACAUUUAAAUAUCACAACACACAAAUAUUCUACAUGCUUUCUCACAUAACUAUCACACACACAGACACACACAUGCUUUAAGUAAUGGAUAUAGACAAAUGUCUAAUGGGCUUAAUUAUGUUACAUUUGUGCAAUAUACACAAUAACGUCUAAAAGCUCUCAUCAGUAAAAUUGGAUUAAAACAUUACAUAUAAA